AAACUGUCAUCUAAUAAGCUUUCAAAUUAGAUCGAUAAAAUAUUGCGGAAAAGUGUGAGGAAAGUUCCGGUUAGAUGAAAAUAUUGACAAGAAAAUAAUAAGACGUUAGAGAUAAAUGCGCUAAUGAAGUGUGCUUAAACAUUUAGAAACCAAAGUGUAAAUCAAAGAAAAUGGGUGAAACUGCACCAAUGCCUUCGCCAAGCACCCAAGAGGUAGCUAGUACAAGUGUUUCAACCAACAACGAAACGAUUACGCAGCAACAGCAGCAGCCUUUGAAGGUGAAGGUGCUGAUUAUUGGUGCAGGCAUGGCAGGACUUUCUGCCGCAAAUCAUUUUCUUCAUAAUGGAUGCAAUGAUUUUCGCAUUCUUGAAGCACGAAGCCGGAUCGGCGGUCGUAUUAUUUCAAUACCGUUGCGUUCACAAAGAGUCGAACUUGGCGCCAAUUGGAUACACGGCGUUUUGGGAAAUCCGAUUUUUGAAAUUGCCGUACAACACGGUCUAGUCAGUGUAGUUAAUGUACCGAAACCACACACGGUCAUUGCCACAACAGAGGAUGGCAAUCAGGUUCCUUUUAACAUUUUGCAAGAGAUUUACGAGGCAUAUGUGUGUUUUAUGCGACGAUGUGAUGAGUAUUUUAUGUGUCAAUACAGCCCACCCCCGGAUAUUAAUAGCGUUGGCGAGCAUAUUAAUUACGAAAUUGAAAUUUACUUAAGUUCUGUUCAGGAUCCGAAAGAAAAACGCUUGAAACAAUUGAUCUUCAAUUGCUUGCUAAAGCGUGAGACUUGUAUUACUGGCUGCACCAAUAUGAAUGAAGUGGAUCUGCUGGAAUUAGGCAGUUACACAGAAUUGCAAGGCGGAAACAUUGUACCACCACAAGGCUACAGUUCUAUAUUGCGACCGCUCUCUGCGCCUAUACCUAAGGAGGCAAUCAUUACUAAAUGUCCAGUAAAGAAAAUUCAUUGGAAACGAAAAAAGACAAUUACCGGCCUGGAGACCGUGGAUGAGAAUUCUGAAGAUGAUGAUUCAGAUGAUACCGAAAAGACAGUUACCGAAGUGCCGGCAGCAGGAGCCCAAACAUCAUCAGCAGGAAAGCCUAAUGAUGGUGUAGUACGUGAAAAGUCGACUGAGUCAGAUGAUAACUGUGAUUCGAGUGGCAAUUUAGUUGAUGCUGCUGUGAGAGUAGACUGUGAAGAUGGUCGAACCUUUUAUGCUGAUCAUGUGAUAUGUACCAUACCGUUAGGUGUGCUUAAAUCAACACACAAAACGCUAUUCACACCUGAAUUACCACAUUAUAAACAAGAGGCAAUUGAGAAUUUAAUGUUUGGCACGGUUGAUAAAAUUUUUCUGGAAUACGAUCGCCCCUUCAUGAGCACCUCCAUUUCGGAAAUAAUGCUAUUAUGGGACGAUGACAAGUACGAUUUGCAUCUUUCGGACGAAGAACGCAAUUCAAAGGAGUAUUUAAGCAAGAAUUGGUACAAAAAGAUUUAUUCCUUCGCCAAAUUGUCUGAAACGUUGCUUUUGGGUUGGAUUUCUGGACGUGAGGCUGACUACAUGGAGACAUUGUCGCAUGAGGAAGUGGCAGAAAAAUGUACAGAAAUAUUGCGUGCAUUCUUGAAAGACCCGUAUGUGCCGAAACCGAAGCUUUGUGUGUGCACAAGUUGGAAGUCGCAGUCGUACACUCGUGGCUCAUACACAUCGAUACCUAUUGGUGCAACACAAGAGGAUAUUGAAUUGUUAGCGCAACCACUUUACGUCAACCCACAAGCGCAAAAGCCCGCAGUACUGUUUGCUGGUGAGCAUACACACUCCAAUUUUUAUUCAACCGUACAUGGUGCCUAUUUGACUGGUCGCACUGCCGCUCAGUACUUACUUUCCACAGAUGAACCGAUCGAAGUCGUUAUGGAAGCUGACUCCAGCGAUUUGAGCUCCUGGAUACAAGGCAUUUCGCUGGAAUGAAAAGUCUCACUUAUACCCACAUAAACACAUGUCAUGGUGGAACGAAAGACAAGUGCAACGAAACUGUAAUGAAGUAAGACAGAGAACUUCCAUUGAGAUAUUGCACUACGUUAAAGCUUAGUACAUGUGAAAGCUUCAGUUGAACCUUUAACAAUUCGCUAACAAGCUGCAGCAGUGUGUAUAUAGUUAAUUUAAGCGAUUAUAUUUAAGAUUAUUGUGUUUUCUAUUUAUCGACACCUACUAAUAAUGCCUCAACAUGUUUGAUUUAUUUUCGAAAUUCAUAUUUUGCUCCUUCUUUAGCAACUAACUAUGCUUAGGUACUUUUAUAAAGUGCGAUAUUCGUGAUAUGCAUACAAAUAGAGAGUGUGACAGCAAAAAAAUGGCAAUAUUUUAUUAUAUUAACAAUUUUUUUUAUUAUAACUAUAAAAGUCGCAAAUUAUUUACACAUUUAAAAUCCGUGCUAGUUUUUUUUUGCAAAUUAAAGGUAAACUCUUUAUAUCAUUUGCAGAAUUGGUUUUAUAUGUGUCACCUUAUUUUAUUUAUUUUUUCUUUGUUUUUGUUAAUCCUGCCAAUCAUUUAUGCAAACCUCAAUAUUUUAUAGUAUUCACUUUAUUUUAUAUUUCGCAAAUAGUAUUUAUUUAUUUAUUUUGCAAAAUAAACUCUCCAUUGUAAUUUAGCUCGUUUUAAUUAUAUUUUGCAUUUUUUUAGGAAAUUAACAUUAAGAUUUGUUAACACUUAUAAUAAAUGUGAAUGUAUGUAGGACAAACUGAUAUUAUGUAUCUGUAAGGUAAUGAAAUACUUUAAAAUUGAUUGAAUCAAAUAAUUGACAAUUCAAUGCUCCUAUUCAGUAAAUUUAGCUGUAUUUUCUAAUAAAGUUUUAACACUAUAGACGAUAGAAUUAAUUAAGAGUAGGUGAAACUUGCAGAAGAGCGAAUCUAAGCGAAAGUUCAAUGUUGGAUCGUUAUUUAAGUUAUUUAAUAAUAUUUAUUUAACUACAAACACAUGCAAUAUACAUACAUAUAUACAUCACGAAUAUACAAUGUAAACAAAAAUUAAGGUUAUGUAUACACACAUUACUCUUAAGAAUUGCACAAGAAUGAGUUGUUGAAUAUGGACCUUGCGCGUGUGUACUUUUUGAUAAAUCCGAGUCGAAAAAAGUUAAUUAAGUUGGCGAGUUUGUUUCUUGAAUGAUGAAAGUUGUGGAAAAUAUCAAACUAUAUUUUUGUUGUUAGCAAAAACAUUGGCUUAAAAGAAUAUCAAAACGUGUAAGGACAAUGCAAAUAUACUUAUACCUCCAUAUAUGAAUGUAUGUAAAAUUGUGCGCCAUGCACAGCGCUGACUAUUUGUAACGCAUUUUAAAUCGAUUAUUUAUGUUCGAAACAGAAGUGUGUAAAACUAAUAAUUAUUGGAGUUGAUAUUUCGUUAUUUUACUACAAAAAUAAAAUAAGUGUAGCGAAAUUUAUAUAUAUUUCCAUAUUAUGCUGAAGAAACCCAAACGUUUCAACGUUCGCCGAAAAUAUUUAUGUUUACUUGACGCCACAAAUGCAUAAUAAACGAAUUAAAGUCUAAUAAA